AGCUGCUCAUAUACGAGUGCUGUUCCGUGCGCAUCGGAAUAAAGACGCCUAUAUGUUCGGAGGUGGCCCUCUCGGCAGAAUGUGGGUACUAGGCUUUGUCAUCGCAACCUUCAUUCAAGCUUUUGCAGCGUUCGCAGGAAAAGCAGAUGUGAAAACAAGUGUUCGUGUAUGCGACAACUUCUACAAACACGUGUGCCAUGACGGGAACGAUGAAUCGCACAGGAACACACCCGCAUUUCUUAAAACGUUGCUCUACAAAAAAGUCAGAGGAAUACUAGAAGAGGAACAUCGCCAUAUAGAAAAGGAAGGCAUGGACAGUGGCGCCACUGACGAGCACGUAAACAUUGGGAUAAUGGCCAGGAAGCUGUACAGCACAUGUGUACAAGAUCAGCACAAGAACUCCAAAGAGAAAGUACGAGAAUCACUUAAAGAGAUACUGCGAUCGGUGGGUAUAGAUGAAUGGCCCUUGACACAUGAAUCACACCAGAAAUACGAGAAGGUGUUGCAAAGUACAGGGCUUAGACCUGUGGCAACAAUAGCACCUGUUCCUGAUAAGAAGAAUCCACGGUACAUGUUAGCAGUGAACGCACCACUUCCUCGGUUCGCACCCUAUCCGGACACGAUGGUGAAAAUCAGGAGUCGUCGUCGAAUGUACCAAGCGUACAAGGAUCUAAUUGGCACGGUGCUAAAUUUGUUUUGUGAAAAGCAAGGUGGCGAAGUCGAUCCAAAAACCGGUUCUCAGGACGAUGCGAAUGAUUACUGGAGCAGUUACGAGGAGGACAGUAGCGUGGUUGAAGAAUCACAGACUGAAGCUGAGGAAGAGAGAGCCAUCGAACAAGUUAUAUCCGACAUUAUUGAUGUGGAAGUAAGCAUUGCUCAAAUGAUUAUAAAUGGUCGUGUAAUCGAUUACUACCAGACAGACACUGUGCAAAACUGGCAAAAUAGAUUCGGAAGAUUUCCUUUUCUUGCAGGACUGGCAAUGGAUGUCAAAAGAGCAAACAGAACCCUGGAAAAUAACAGUGAAGUGGGCAUACACCUAUUAGACUAUUUCAAAAAGUUGGCUAAAUAUCUAGAGACCCUGGAAGUGAGGAAGCUAGUAAACUACAUUGGCUGGUACUUUGUUCGAGAGGUUGCGGACGUAAUGACCUUUGAGGUCCGAAAUUAUCUGAACAGCUUUCUUCGUACUCUGCCAAAACCUGGUAUCCAAGUGGAUUUGAACGAAAAUCACUGUAUUGACAAGCUCAUUGGAUAUCACGGUGUGAUGGAAGCGGGCAUCGCACAUUUGUACCUGUUGCGCUACUUCGGUGAAGGAGCCAUCGAAAACGUAUCUGGAGUAGCGCAUUACCUUAAUUCAUCAUUCUAUAGUUUUGUUGGCAUGAAUUCAUGGAUGGAUACUGAGGCGCACGAGAACUCGCUGCAAUGGAUGAGGGAACUGCAGUACCAAAUAGGCGCUCCCCAUAAACUCCUUGAUGAAUCUGCUAUUCAACAACAGUACGAUCUCGUCAAGGUAGGAGCGCAGGACACUCUUUUACGGUAUAUAUACGCCUAUCGGGACAACAAUUUUCUCCAAAUGCUGAGAAAAAAUGGGCAGGCGUACGAUAGAAAAGAUAUAUGGCCGGUGUCAACAUUAGCUACUGAUGGGAGGUACUCGGAAUUCUACACUUGUUUAGGUGGCUGCACCAUGCGGGCGUUCAUGUUUGCGCCUCAGCUCAUCCGGUAA